AUGUCCAACCCCCUACCGUCAAUGCCUCCUGUGAGGCCAACAGCCAUCCCCGUAGAUGCGCCCUCAUCGACUUGGGAUCGCAUUUCCUCUUGGGUAUCGGAAAACAAGGCCGUUGUCUACACCAUUGCCGGUGUUGCUGUCGUAGUCACUGGUGCUGGUGUUGUCUAUUACUUGAAUUCUGACUCGAAAUCCAGGCCAGAAUCAUCGCCCAAGCUCAGCAAGAAGGAGAGACGGAAGAGAAAAGAAGCCGAACGCAAGGCUGCCGAGACCAACGAACCCACCCCAGCUCCGUCGCAAGCCAAGAGCGUUGCCGUUGAGAGUGAAGACGAAAUUCCCGAGAUCGACGAAUCUACUGUCACCAAGUUGUCGCCUGAGCAACGUGAGCAGUAUGCCGCCAAACUCAAGCAGGCCGGCAACCGAGCCUACGGUGACAAGGCAUACAACAAGGCCAUUGGUCUCUAUUCCCAGGCCAUACUUUGCAAACCGGAUCCCGUCUUCUACUCCAACCGUGCCGCCUGCUACAGUGCUAUGAGCGAAUGGGACAAGGUGGUCGAGGACACUACUGCCGCCAUUGCUAUGGACCCCGAAUAUAUCAAGGCGAUCAACCGCCGAGCUACAGCUUACGAACACCAGAAGAAGUACUCGGAGGCUCUCCUCGACUUUACUGCAUCCUGCAUCAUUGACAACUUCAAGAGCGAGUCCACCGCCCAAGCUGUCGAGCGACUUCUAAAGGUUUUUGCCGAGCACCGUGCCAAGGAGAUGAUGGCUUCUCGACCCCCUAAGCUGCCUAGCCCCAUUUUCGUCGGCAAUUAUCUCCAGAGCUUCCGACAGAAAGGCCGUCCCGCGGGUCUUGAGGACUCUGUCGAGCUCGACGCGGAGACGGGCAAGGGCCAGCUGCAAAUUGGCCUUCAGGGUCUUGAGAAGAAGACUGGCGAAGGAUAUGAAGACGCAAGACAAGCUUUCGAGAAGGCACUUGAAUUGGGUGAUCUUGGCGAGUAUGAGGCCUUGGCUUACAACCUUCGAGGCACUAUGCGAACUCUGCUUGGAAACCACGCCGAGGCCACGGAAGACUUCGACAAGAGCAUCGAGCUUGAUCCCGGGAUGAUUCAGAGCUAUAUCAAGCGUGCCAGCAUCAGCCUGGAGCUUGGUGAGCCCGACAAGGCCGAUGCUGAGUUUGCCAAGGCCCUUGAGCAGGACAAGGACGACCCCGACGUCUACUACCACCGUGCUCAGGCUAGCUUCAUCAAGGGGGAUCUUGCCGAGGCUCAAAAGGACUAUCAGAAAUCUAUUGACCUGGACAAGGACUUUAUUUUCUCUCACAUCCAGCUCGGUGUAACCCAAUACAAGAUGGGUUCUAUCGCCUCAUCCAUGGCCACUUUCCGCCGAUGCAUCAAGAACUUCCCCAAGGUGCCUGAUGUCUACAACUACUAUGGUGAGCUGUUGCUCGAUCAAAGCAACUUUUCCGAGGCCGUUGAGAAGUUCGACACCGCCAUGGAGAUGGAGAAGCAGACCAAGCCCAUGUCAAUGAACGUCCUGCCCCUGAUCAACAAGGCCUUGGCCCUGUUCCAGUGGAAGCAAGAUUUCAAGGAGGCCGAGCAGCUAUGCCAGAAAGCUCUGAUCAUUGACCCUGAAUGCGACAUUGCGGUCGCCACCAUGGCCCAGCUCCUCCUUCAGCAGAAUAAGGUCACUGAAGCCCUCAAAUACUUUGAGCGCGCCGCCGAGCUCGCACGCACCGAAGGCGAAAUUGUCAACGCGCUCUCCUACGCCGAAGCUACCAGGACACAAGUCCAAGUCACCGAGAAGUACCCCAAGCUAGCAGCUAAGCUGGCUGGUGGCGGUGCCCCUCCUGGCCUCGGCAUGGGCCGAUAA